AUGGACACCGAUGACCUAAUUCCCACAUUCACCUCAGAAUAUUAUUCAGGAAAUGUGGAUAUCAAUGCAACUAGGGGUACUACUGUGAAUUUUAGCCCGCCUCUCUUAGCUCGGGACCAGGACCAGCUCAACACUACAGUCAUAUAUCAGAUAUACGAUCCGAGUUUUCACUUCCUAAUAAACAACACGACAGGAACGGUAACUGUAGACUCCAAACUGGCUAAAACAAUGUACUCCGCUCUUGUCAAGGCGACUCAGAUCGACAACCCGUUACGACAUGGAAUUGCACUUGUACAAAUCAAUGUCGCAGGAUUGAACUUAACAUUGCCUAACGGUCCUUCAUUUCGUCAACGUUUGUACGAAACCACCAUUGCGGAGAGCCAGCCACCAGGAACCACCGUUAUGACUGUUCCAGUCACAGUGAAGAACCCUGCGGGUCCUUUGAGCUUCAACAUAUUGGAAAACAUAUCGGAGUUUGCAGUUGAUCAGAGAGGAAACAUCUUCCUAACCAGAUCUUUAGACUACGACGGACAAGACAAAGAAUAUCGAUUCACUCUGGAGGUGUCGGAUGGUAUGCAUUUCGCUACCACACCUAUACAUAUUCGGAUAGAGGACGUCAACGACAACUCGCCGGAGUUAGGGAACUCUGAGUUUACAGUGAGCACGGAACGGGUCCAGGGCGCCAUCGUCACGGCCAUAGAGGGUCGGGACAAGGAUCCCAACACACAUCUCCAGUAUCAGUUAAAAACGUAUACCUCACUAUUCCACAUCAACUCAGUCGGAGAUAUUAGUAUAACUGCAACACCAAGAGAACUAAAGCAGGAAAGUUACCUUUUAGUGGUCGAUGUUGCCGAUGAUGGUGUCCCCAAGAGGUCAACAGUUGCCCUAGUAACGGUCAAGUUCCCACGCCAUAUGCUUAUGUCCCAUGGCUUGUUUGCGAUAGGAGGGACCGACUUGCUAGCUGUUAUAUUAGGCGCACUGGCGGCUGUCCUCUUUUUUGUUGCCGUUAUCCUAAUAGUCUUCAUAAUUCGUUGGAAACUGUCCUACACGAAUGAAAAACUGACAAAAGUGAGACAACAAAACGGAUUGGAUCCCAAGGGACUGCUGUACACGUCUAGUAAACCUUCCAUGGGCUCAGUGACUGUCGAUAUUAAACACAACGGUGAUAUUAAAAAGAUACCGAACACAGAUAUACCAACAAAUAUUCAAGAAAAUCCGUUAUCAGAAGACAAGAUGCAUUAUGGGUUUUCAAAUAUUUCUAAAGAAGGAAGUACCGAUAUUCAUAUAAACACAACUGUUAUUCCAUACGGAAAUUCCUUUAACAAUUACGAAGAACGACGGUCCUAUCAGAAUGUCGUUUUAAAGACUUUCCACGUGCCCGAGGGCAGUACUGGUGAUAGUAACAGAGGUCUGAUGAAGGUACAUCUUCCUAAGACCACAUUUCUGUGUCAGAGCAAUAACCUUUCCUGUGUCGACAACGACCGGACCAACUCAUACGACUGGGAGGAAAAUCUACCACAGGAAAUGAGGAAAUCCAAAGGAAAACCUAAAAUAACAGUUUAUUUCUGAUAUUAUACUAAAUGAUGUGUGGACAAUCUUUGAGUGAAAUAUAAACAUCUUGAAUUAUAGCGAAUAGACUAUGGACUUUUCCCAAAGAAGGCCAACUAUUCUGCAAAAACUAGAAGAGUGGUUAAAACGCAAAAUGUUCACAAUGAAGAGACAAAGUUUAGUUCCAUGGAAGGCAUUUCUAACCAAACAAAAGCAAUUCAAGAACUGGUUGAAAAAGAUGUACAGUCAAAGCAGCCAUGAAGACGCAGGCUGUCGAUCAAACGAGAAAUCAGUAUCCGAGAUACACAAAAUAUGAAAUAUCACUCGAACUUGUUGAAAAUGAGGAUAAAACUUUAGAAUAUAUUCUCCCCAAAUCUCCUCAGACUAAUGAUUCAAAGGAUGAAAAUGACAAACCUCCCCCAGUCCCAAAGCAAAUAUGGGCAAGACGUGGUGACGGAAAGGAGGAGUAGAAAAAUGAACAGAUUGCUUUUAACCGAGCGAAGAGGUCCCCCCACCCACUACCCACUCCCAUUCCCACUCCCCCAUCCCAAUGGCGUACCCCUGGAGGAUAGAUCUUGCAUACAAUGUUAAGGAUGUGAAUUAAAAUGUACGUUUGUAAGCAUGUAACAUGUAGCAGUUUUUUUGCACAAAUUAGUUAGUAUCAACUACUCUUUUCCAUGCUUUAUAAAACAUUAUUUGUUUAAUAGGUCUUUUUUCAAGUGUUUUGUUUUAAAAUUUCUACGUUAAAUAUGUGUUGCCUUUACUGUGUUUUUCCUUGUGGGACUUUCAAGACUAAAAUGAUGCAAAUAUAGUAUAGUAAUCAGAUCAAAAACGGAUACUCUGUUUAUACUCUGAUGUUUAUGCCUUCAACUCUGAUGUCAAGCAGAGUGUAACAUGGAUACCUACGACCCCAA